UCUGAAAGGAGAGGUGGAUAUGGUGGAUCUCGUGGGGGGUUCCAUGGAGGUCGUCGUGGUGGUUUCAAUAAUGGGGAUGCUGCAGAAGGAGAAGGGGAACGCCCAAGGAGAGUGUUUGAUCGACGAAGUGGAACUGGCCGUGGGAAUGAGUUUAUUAAACGGGAGGGCUCUGGUCGUGGGAAUUGGGGAACUACUGCAGAUGAUAUUGCACCGGUGACUGAAGAACCUGUUAAUGAUGGUGAGAAGAUUGUCGAUGCUGAGAAACAAUCUGGACAGGAAGAUGCUGGAGACACCAAUAAGGAUUCUUCUGCUGCUGAGCCAGAAGAGAAGGAACCUGAGGAGAAGGAGAUGACCCUCGAAGAGUAUGAGAAGGUAAUGGAAGAGAAGAGGAAGGCUUUGGUGGCUCUAAAGCAAGAGGAAAGAAAGGUUAAUUUGGACAAAGAACUUCAAUCCAUGCAACUUCUCUCAAACAAGAAGAAUGAUGAUGAGAUCUUCAUCAAAUUGGGUGCUGAGAAAGAUAAGAAAAAAGAAGCAGUGGAAAAAAACAAAAAGACAAAAAGCGUAAAUGAGUUCUUGAAGCCUGCUGAGGGAGAAAGUUACUAUCGCCCUGGUGGCCGUGGUAGGGGCAGGGGCCGUGGAAGAGGUAAUGGCGGUGGAUAUGGUGGAAUCAACAGUGUUUCAGCCCCAUCUAUUGAAGAUGUUGGUCAAUUCCCCUCCUUGGCUGCCAAGUAAGGGAGCAAGUCCUGCAUGGAUUAGGUAAAAAAGGAAGCAAAAGCAACUGUUAUCGUCUGAUCCGUCUUCCUUUUUCCGUCAUUUAUGAUAUUUCCCGGAACCUUUGGGCAUUCUUGUAUUAGAUUUUUUUUUUUUGGAAACUCCAUAAUUGUUCUUUAGAGUAUAGAUUUAGAUGUUUUCUGAAGGUGUAUGCCCUGGGUUUUUGUUGACUUCUUUUAUACAUUUAUGAAAACCCUUUUCCUUCA